CUACCCAGCCUUCUGCCCCUCCCACUGGCCGCUGCUGCUGCUGCCGGACUGAUGAGCUCCGGGCUGGGACUGAACCGGGGAAUGGGCACCGGAGCCUGAGCUGCUGGGAGGUUUCUGGAUAAUGGCAGUUCGGUGACACCAUGUCGGCUACAGAUACCCUCCCGCCCCUGGUGCCUUUGUCGCAGAAACCAACCCGCAUUGUUAAAGCCAGACCUCCGAACCGUCCUCCUCCUCAUCUUCCUCCCAAGCCCCCGCAGAAGCUCCCCCCUCCAGUGCCCAGAAAUGAUCCUCCUUGUGCAAAGAGUGACCUGGCGGGCCCCAGGAGUGACCUUGUGGGGCCCCCCAAGAGCGAACAUACAGGCCCCAAAAACCAUGCUGUGAUGGCACCCCCCAGAUCUGGUGCGGAACCCCCCGACAAUGUUGGGGAUAAUCAGCCCCUGACGGGCAUCUGUGUCAAGAAGAUCGCUGGUCUCUUUCAGAAGGAGCCUGUAGGGGGAGCCAGUGAGGAAUCUCAGCCACGGGGGCCCCCAAAGCCCACAGGGGGGUUGGGCAGGGAGGAGAAAGUGCUGCCCCAGAAGGAGGAGAAUACAGAAUGUUUGCAGGAUGAGGCGGAGCUGAAGGAAGCAGAGGGAGAUCCCUGUCCCCCACCUCUUCCCCCAAAGAACUUCCAAGACCCUGACAUUCGGGCCAUGAAGAUGGGCUCCGCCCCCCUGCGUCCAUCUUGCCCAUCGAGGUGCCGCUGUGCCUGCCACGUGCAGAGACCCGGCUUGGUGUUGGUUUGGCUCCCAGAAUCCUUCAUUCAGCGCAGCCGCAAUCUCAGCGAGGCGUCGGACUCUUCAGACGACGGCAGUGUGUUCCACCCCAGGUUGCCCCCCAGUGAGGGGGGGGAUGACAGAGGAAAGUGGGGUCCCUGGUGCUUGAAAAACAAGAUGGCGAGCGGCGGCACCCACCCGAGAAGGCGGCGGUCCCUGAGAUCCAGUGAAUAUUUCCUGGAGGGCCCCGGGGCUGGGGAGGCAGAGGCCAAGGCUGGGGUGGUCUUGACUUCCUUCAAGUCUACAAAUGAAAAUAGUUUUGAUGGGGGCUCAGACUCUUCCCCUCCAGAGUCGGCUUCUAUGGUCAAUGGGGAAGCUACUGAGUCAGAACUGCGACCCCUAAGCACGAACAGAGCUUUGCCUGAUGCCCCACAGCUGGAAACUCUGUCCAUGAACAAACUCAGUGGCCACACCCCCAGCGCUAUGCCAGCAAAUGACUGGCGCCUUAGUAGACACAUUGACUCCGCCCCUCCACUUCCUCAGUCUGAACCACCUCCCUUGAGGAGCUAUAGAACUAGGGCGGAGUUAAAUGAUAAGCUUGAGGAUCCGCCCCAGCCAGAGGUGCCGCCCCAGAGCAACGAAGUACCCGCCCCUGAGGAUCCCAAUACCGACACCUCGGACCUACGAGAUUCCACAGAGGACGUGAGUGCAGAAUUCAGAGCGAAGGUGCGUAAGCCGGCUCGCCGGAGCAAGGUGCCCCCACUGCCACUCAUGGGCGUUGAAGAAAAAACACCACUAAUGCCACCAAAAGUGCCCAGCAAACCGCCACGUGGGGCAGCACCGCCACCUCCUCCAUUUGUGCGGAAAGGGUCCCUAAAGAGGUACUCGGCCGGGAACGCGGAGGAGGUGGAACAAAGAGACAAGGAGUCGUCCAGCAGCUUGCCCACCAUGUACCGGCCUAGAGAGGAGGGCCCCCCAGCAGAGCAAGGAGCGUGUGGCGCCGAUUCGCCAGACUGCGCUCAUGAUAUAUAUCGUGGUGGCUCUGUUUUCAUGUCCCCCCCUGUAAGGAGCCCCAAAUCCAUAGACUGGGAGUCGCACCUGCGGGAUGAGCCGCUCUACCAGACGUACCGACAGGCCGUUAUCAAGAAGGAGAUCAGGAGACAGACGGUUCCACGGAACAGCAGCUUCACCAGCUAUGACUCCUCCCACGACAGCCCCCAGUCAUCUGGCGGCUCCCCAAAGCAGGGGCGCAGGUCGGCCGCGUCCCACAAUUCCCUGUGGCAGGAGCUGCCGGCGGUGAAGGAGAGCGGGGUGCUGGGGGGCAUGAGCAAUGAGGAGAAAAAGAUGCAGGAGAGUAUGUUCGAGGUGCUGACGUCGGAGGCCUCCUACCUGCGCUCCCUCAAUGUCCUCAUCGAACACUUCAUGGAGUCCCGCGAGUUGGACGAAACGCUCAUUGUGCGCGAGAAGAAAAUCCUUUUCUCCAAUGUCCUUAAGGUCAAGGAGGUGAGCGAGAGGUUCCUCAUGGAUUUGGAGGAUCGAGUAGAGGAAAAUAUCAUCAUCACCGACGUGUGUGACAUCAUCUACGCGCACUCGCGCCAUCACUUCCCCGUGUACAUCGACUACGUGCGCAACCAGGUGUUCCAGGAGAAGACGUACAGCGAGCUCUUGGAGAAGAACCCCCAGUUCCAUGCGGCUCUGUGCAGGUUACAGGAUCUGCCCCAGUGCCACCGCCUCCCUUUCAUGUCCUUCCUGCUCCUGCCCUUCCAGAGAAUCACAAGGAUCAAGAUGCUCAUUGAGAAUAUACUGAAGAGAACAGAGGAGGGCUCCGAAAUGGAACAGAAUGCGACCAAUGCCCUGGAUUCUGUGUCCAAGAUUAUCCAGGAGUGUAACCGGGAGGUGGGCCGCAUGAAGCAGACGGAGGAACUGAUCCACAUUGCCCAGAAGAUUGUGUUUGACAAGAUAAAGGCAGUUCCGAUAGUUUCCCAGAACAGGUUCCUGGAGAAGCAGGGAGAGCUGAGCGAGGUGCUACAGAAAGGCAGUCUCUUUGGCAUCAAACCCACCAAAUUCAGCCCCGUCUACUUCUUCCUGUUCAACGACUUCCUGCUCAUUACCCAGAAGAAGAGCUCAGACAAGUAUGUAGUUGUGGACCACGCGCAUCGCUCUCUGGUUCAGGUCCAAUCCUGUCCCACCAUAGAGAGCAGUUUCUUCCUGACGCUGCUGGAGAAUCACCAGGGCAAGAUGUGUGAGCGCCUCUUCAAGGCUUCCACCCAGUCGGAUUUACACCGCUGGGUGGCAGCUUUUCCAAAUCUCAAUGAUGAUUCCCUUUCUGGAAGUGACACUAUAUACGAGGACUGGGACUGCCCUCAGGUCCAGUGCAUAGAACCUUAUUCAGCCUCACAGGCCGACGAGCUGAACUUGGAGCCCGUGGAUAUUAUUAAUGUGCUGAAGAAAACGUCAGAAGGUUGGUAUGAAGGGAUCCGACUCUCGGAUGGGAAGAAGGGUUGGUUCCCAUCGCUCUACGUGCAGGAAAUCACCAAUGAGCACGUGCGGCGGCGGAACCUGCGAGAGCGGCACCGGGUACUUCAGGCGGCGCGGCAGAUCCAACUGAACCGCUUCGGGGAGCCCAGAAAGAAAACCGGCUCGGCCUAAAUACCCGGAAUAUUUAGUGGCCUGGAGUCCUCCCGAUUCCUUAGGAGAUUCACCGGCCGGAUUCCUCUGGAGAUUCCAUGGCCUGAACUGGAAGCCAUCUGGUAACUGGGGAGAUGAACUGGUUUGGUGCCAAAUCAGCCCGAUGCCAUUGGGAGGGUCACUGGCCCCAGAGCCGCCGCAGCUAGAUACCCCUCAGCAACUCAACAGGAACACCCCAAAGUAUCCAAUGAUACCAGACUGUCGGGCUGUGGGCAGGGAGAGUACGGGCCCGCCCCACUGCUGUGUAGCCAAUCACUGCACAAGGCUCCUUACUGGGCAGAGAGGGGUGUAUGGGCGGAGCCAGACUGCCCCAGGAACCUGCCCUGUCAUGCACAGACCUGGGGCAUAGCCAUGGCAUUUGCCUCUAGCAGGACAGUGCGGGGCAGUUGAUUGGCUGCUUAUCAUGUUUGGGAAACUGUUGCUUUGUAUAUUUCAUAGCAACCAGGAUGUUGUGAGUGCAAUCUGUUGUAAAUAGCUCUCUUAUUUAAAUGUAUAGACGCUGACUGGUUCCACACAUAGCACAAGCCGCCUCCUCUUGUUGUAUCAUAUAUAUAUAUAUUCUCUGUAUGCGUCUCCUGUCCCUAUACCUCCCCCCCCCCCCCCCCAGUUUCCUUAUCUGACCCCCAGUAGGCAUUAUUCUUGCUACAGUUGGUCACAUGGGGUGAGGGGGCUGCAAACAAUAAGAGAGGGGCUAUUGGGCCGUUUCAGUUGCACAUAAGGAUAAGGGCAGUGGCAGCUGGGGAGAUGAGUCGCCCCAACAACUCUUUGUUGCCGCGGGCGACUAAUCUCCCCGCAAUGCCACCCUCACCCUUCAGUCUUCCCCCCCUGCCCCCAAGAACCUGCCCUGCCCCCCCCUCCUUCCCCAGUGCAUCUGACCAGCCCCCCAGAACCUGCCCUGCCCCCCCUCCUUCCCCAGUGCAUCUGACCAGCCCCCCUCCUUCCCCAGUGCAUCUGACAGCCCCCCAGAACCUGCCCUGCCCCCCCUCCUUCCCCAGUGCAUCUGACCAGCCCCCCUCCUUCCCCAGUGCAUCUGACAGCCCCCCAGAACCUGCCCUGCCCCCCCUCCUUCCCCAGUGCAUCUGACAGCCCCCCAGAACCUGCCCUGCCCCCCCUCCUUCCCCAGUGCAUCUGACCAGCCCCCCAGAACCUGCCCUGCCCCCCCCUCCUUCCCCAGUGCAUCUGACCAGCCCCCCAGAACCUGCCCUGCCCCCCUCCCCCCCAUUAGUCGCGCUGAGUGUAAACACUUGUAUGUCCUGCCAUUCAUUUCGCUGCACAAAUUAAAGGGGAACAUAUUUCUCCCAGUAUGAAAUGAUGCAGGGCUGUGUCCGUUCCACUUUUAAUUAAAACAAUCUGUUUCCUAUUA